AUGGAGAGCCCCACAACUCGUGUUUUCUUGCCUGGCGGACCGCACAGCGUCUUCCUUUGGAAGGGAAGCUUCAACGCAACAUGAGCUGAGCAGACAUAUGUACGAACGUGGACAGGCAAAUGCGUGCUUUCGUUUCUCUUGCACCAAGUCGUGACAAUGCGGUUGUGGCACUGAUGGAGUAUUCAGUCGUUGCAGCGCUGGCAGCGACUACUACUAGAGCCGUGCUUGGUGCGAUGCCUUCACAAACCAUGGGUGGGAUCGGAGAGCGUCUUUUCGCGCUGCCUCUACCGACUGAGCCGCCGUCUUUGGAGCUGGCGAAUAGAAGGCUGGAGAAGAAGGAUGUCACGGAUGUGACGAAUAUAUUUACCGAAUGGACUAGAGGGCUUUGGGCAACCGGAGUGCGGGAAUUAUGAGACUUGUCUGUUCACGAGUGCGAAUGGCUAUUGCUACGACGGGUGCGGAAAGACGAGUAUAGCUUAUAAUUGGGUUACUGAGUGUUUUAUCUAUCCCUGGUCCGAGAUCCCUCCUAUCAGCCAAAUAUACUCGUAAGAUCCUUCAUCAGUCUCCUACAGCAGCUGAUGUAUUUUGUAGCCCUGCAACGGUGCCAUAUUGCGGCUACUUCGUCUUCGGAGUUGACUACACAUUCUGGAAUUUUGGCUGUUCAACCGCCUCGUACAA